GAUGGGAGGAGAUAUGAAGGAGAAUACCGCAACAACAUGAAGAACGGCUAUGGCGUGUACACCUGGUCGGAAGGAACAAGAUGGGAGGGAGAAUGGGUUGACGGGAAACCGAUAAGAGGGUUCGUAUCCUUCGCAGACGGAGUCAGAACCGAUGAAGUCAAACCACGAGAAAACCAGCAGCUCUCCAACGACAUGACCCUGCAGUGCCUUCAUGAUGAUGCCAAACAAUGGAAAGAGCGCUACGAUGCGGAGCAUGGUAUCAUCUCUUCGCUGUUAGAGGCUCCAGCAGCUGCUCCAAGGCUCACAACGCCAGUGGGGACUGCUGAUGAAGACCAUGACGGCUCCUUUGUUGACCCGACUGCGCAAACAGACCAGAUGCUGGAUCAACCCGCGGCGCUGAUUCAUGGGCAGACCCACGGGCCGACUGUUGCUGGAGCCGUGGAGGACUUCUCCAUGGGAGACGAGAUGCCAGAAGCGAACAUGGAGUGCUCAAGUGGAGAGCCAUCGAACGAAAUUCCGUGUGGCGAAGAAGGAGGUUGGGAAGAGCGAGCUUGUCCUGCGCAGCCAGGGCAGCAGAGUCACCAGUAUGGUGAGUCUUAAGUUGCCACAAGCACCAUGGGGAGAACUUCGGGUUCCUGUUCACCUUUUUUUUGACGGUGCACCUCUAAUUUUUUUGAGUUUGUGACAAUAAAGGUCGGAUGUCGCAGUCA